AUGACUGGUCGCCAACCGUUAGGUUCAUUGAUGCUGGCAAUAUUGCUGAUCCUAUUGGAUGUCAUUUUGGGCCAAAUCGAUGUGAUGUAUGAGCGAAUCGAACAGAUUAACGGAACGGAUAUUGCAAAUUUUCAACAAAUACGGGUCCGCAAGUACAAUCGGACACUAGCGGUUCUCGAUGGUACGUUCGAUUUAUUAAAACCAUUAGAUGACAAAUAUGAGAUGAGUGCCAAAAUGGCGUACAGCUCGUUGGGAAACAAUCAGUUCAAUCAGUACCCGAUGAAGUUGGCCCCACAGAGGCUAUGCGAAUUUUUCGGCACUACAUGGAAAACGUAUCAACCAUAUUUUGAGCAUAAUACUAAUCUGCCGAAGGUCGGCGAGUGUCCGAUUAUGAAUAAGCAAUAUUACCUGAAGAAUCACCGGCUUGAUUCCUCGAUGUUAACGCCCUAUCUGCCCCGAGGACUGUGGCGAGUGAGUUUCAUCUUGACGAAAGCCAAUGACGACAGUAUUUUACUGCAGAUCGAUCUAUACGGCAAAGUUGAGGCUAAAGGUAUAUUCUAA